AUGCCACCAAAAACGGAUUCAUCGGAGGACAUCGAAGUCGUACAUUCAAAUGACGAUAAUGAAGAGAAAUUACCAUUGAAGGAUCGUUUGAAGAAUACUGCAAUCAAACUAUUCGAAUCGGGACGCGUUUUCAUCUAUAAUAAAACAGAUGACACGUUCUUUGGCAAUUCAAGUUCAUUUUGGAUUAAAACUGCAAUAUAUUAUUUCUUUUUCUACAUUUGCUUGGGCCUGUUCUAUUCUGGUAUGGUCGCUGUUUUUGGUGCAAUUAUUUCCCGUGAAGAACCUCGAUACUGGUAUCACAAUAGUGAAAUGAAUGACGGUGGAGUAGUUCAUAUUGGAAUGGGCUUUCGACCACAACCUACUAUCGACGAUACUUUAGUAACGAUUUAUAAUGGCUCUCAAGCACAAAAUGAUACAGUUUCGUCGUUGAGAAACUAUCGAAUACAAUAUCUUACGCAAUAUGAUCCGACUAAUUUACAAGAAUGUAGUCCAACAGAACCAGCAUCGAAUUUGCAAGCCAGUCGUUCAUGUCAAUUGUCCUGGAAUGAUAUUGUUCCCAGCGAUACUCAUCCUUGUUCUGAAAAUAAUUUGUACGGAUGGACAGCGGGUCAACCGUGCAUACUAAUCAAAUUGAAUAAGAUCUACGGUUGGGUACCAGCACCCGGCGAUGUUAGUGCUGCCGUAGCAAAUGCGACUGGUCAUGCAAUUCUACCAAUUGAUUUACGUGAAAGUAACAUCUACAUAACAUGCAAUGGAAAAGAAACAUCCGACCAACAAUCUAUUGGUUCUAUGAAGUACUAUUCACUCCUAAAUCCAUUGGGCUCAGACUAUUAUGGUGGUUUACCUUAUUAUUUCUAUCCCUAUAUGAAUUCAAAGGAACAUGUGGAACCGUUUGUCCUGGUACAAUUUAAAAACUUAACAAUGGAAAAAAAGAUUGAUGUACAAUGUCGCGCUUGGGCACCUAACAUUCAACAACUAUCUGAAGGUACAACAAGUCGUGGAAUGGUAACGUUCACUUUAUUACGAACGGCUCAGACUGGCCCGAAAAACUAA